AUGAUUAUUAUCCCGACCAUCUUCUCCGACCUCUACACCGUCGCCCUCUUCUUCUCCAGCCUCCUCCUCCUCAAGAUCCGGGUCCUCCUCCGCUCCCUAUCCGGGCCGGACCCGCCCUCGACCCGAUCCAACCAGAAUCGGGUCGAUUCAAUCGAAGCCAAGUAUCCGGCGGCGCUUUACUACUCCGAGCAGGAGAACCCGAAAUCGGGGGCAACGGAGUGCGCCGUGUGCCUGUCGGAAUUCCGCAAGGGGGAAAGCGUCAGGAAGCUGGGCUGCGAGCAUUUGUUCCACCGGGAUUGCCUCGACAAAUGGCUGAUGUCGCCGGCGGGAUUUUCCGGGCCGUCGUGCCCGCUUUGCCGGGACCGGCUCGCUCUGCCGGGGCCGGAGGAGGAGAGGGAGGUGGCGGAGGCCGACGACUGCGACGGCGGCGGGGAGUGGGGGCGGAGGGAGAUGCUGGCCUUGCUGGCUAAAUUCCGAGAAGGCCGCGCCGGCGGUGACAGUUGA